UAUUAGUACUCCUUGUACCAUCUCAAUAAAAUCAUCAAGUCACCAUACCACCAUGUUGAAUGAAAUCGAUAGCCUCGAAAUUCACUGCAUCGUCAACGAUGAACUCGAUCCCAUCACCCCGAGCAUGAAUCCCGCAGUCAAGGUCGCGAGUCAGUUCAUGGGCAUUCCGCUUUCGCCGCUACCAUCGGGUACCCAGCGUGAUGGUGCCACCAUGGAGAUGCGCAUGGACAAUAUUUGUUGUGCAGCGCACGGUAUCUCGCUUCUCCUGAUUGCGACCAAGGGCGAGAAGAAGCAUGUGCUGCUCUUCGAUGCUGGACCGGAAGGUGCGGUGUGGGAACGCAAUUCGCGAAGGUUGCGGUCGCAGAUUGACCAGAUCGAGCAUAUCGUGCUAUCCCACUACCAUCGUGAUCACUCGGGGGGUCUGGUGCGUGCGAUUGAGAUGAUUCAGGAAAAAAGGAUCGACCGCGAUCGGGUCGUGAUGGAUGUGCAUCCCAACCGCCCGGAUUUCCGCGGUGUACAGGCGCAGCAGCCGCUCUCACUGGAGGCUGAUCCCUCUUUCGAGGAGCUUGCGGCAGCAGGGGCACAGGUCGUCAAGAGUGACCAACCCCACACCGUCCUGGAUAAUUUCUUCAUGGUGUCCGGCGAAGUUCCCCGCAAGACGACCUAUGAGGAUGGCAUCCACGGCGGCCUGCGCUACGACGCCGCCAAGGCGAAGUGGGAGGAGGAUACUUUGAUCAUGGAAGAACGCUACGUAAUGUGUAACCUCAAAGGAAAGGGAUUGGUCCUCUUCACCGGCUGUGGCCAUGCGGGCAUUGUCAACACCUGCCGCGACGCCAUCGCGCUGGGUCAAGGCGUGCCCUUGUACAGCGUGGUGGGUGGGUAUCACUUGGCUGACGCUAGCGACGAGAAGCUUGAAGCAACGAUGAAGGAUUUGAAAAUGUUUGACCCCAAGGUCAUGCUGGCCGGCCACUGCACUGGCUGGCGGUUCAAGUGCUUGAUUGAGCGGGACAUGCCUAAGUGCCUGGUUCCGUGCUUUUCGGGCAGUCGGUAUUCAUUGUAA